UGCAGUGCAAGUGUAGAUGGGCGGUUAUAUAUAUGGAAGAUUACUGAAGGGCCAGAUGAGGAAGAUAAGCCACAGAUAACAGGAAAGAUAGUUAUCGCCAUUCAGAUAGCAGGAGAAGGGGAAUCUGUUCAUCCACGAGUUUGCUGGCAUUGUCACAAACAAGAAGUUCUAGUAGUUGGGAUUGGAAAACGUAUUCUGAGAAUAGAUACUACGAAAGUUGGAAAAGGAGAAGUCUUUUCAGCGGAGGAACCUCUCAGAUGUCAUGUUGAACAGCUGAUUGAUGGGGUCCAGUCUGUUGGUGAACAUGAUAGAGAAGUGACUGAUUUGUCGAUGUGUCAAUGGAUGACCACCCGUUUGGUUUCUGCUUCAAUGGAUGGCACGAUAAAGAUUUGGGAAGAUCGCAAGCCGCUACCACUCAUGGUAUUGAGGCCACACGAUGGCAAACCUGUUAAUUCUGUUGCAUUUUUUACUGCCCCUCACCGUCCGGAUCACAUUAUACUUAUCACAGCGGGGCCUCUGAAUCGGGAAGUGAAGUUAUGGGCGUCAGUAGGUGAAGAAGGCUGGCUGCUUCCUAGUGAUGCUGAAUCGUGGCAGUGUACCCAGACAUUGGAAUUGAAGAGUUCAGUUGAACCUCGAGUGGAAGAGGCCUUCUUUAAUCAAGUUGUUGCCAUGUCUGAAUCUGGCCUUCUCUUAUUAGCAAAUGCUAAGAAGAAUGCUAUAUAUGCUGUACAUAUAGAAUAUGGUCCUAACCCUGCAGCAACUCGAAUGAAUUACAUAGCAGAGUUUACUGUGACCAUGCCGAUUUUGAGUUUUACUGGAACAAGUGAUUUAUUACCCCAUGGUGAACAUAUUGUUCAGGUUUACUGUGUUCAGACACAGGCUAUUCAGCAGUAUGCACUGGACUUAUCCCAGUGUUUGCCACCACCACUGGAUAAUGUGGUGCUAGAGAAGUCAGACUCAAGUAUCUUCCGUGAUACAUCUGGUACUGAAGGAUUUGCAGCUUUGGAGCCAUCUGAUAGCAAAUCUGCUGAGAUGCAAUCAGCUAGUUCAGCACCCAAACCAUCUAUAUCAGAAAGUAGUUCUGAGAGUGCAACUAUGCUGAGGCAUCCUGUGAGCUCCACUUCUAUGGAGGGAUGCACUUCACCAGAGUUGAUUAUGGAAUCUAAACUUAUUUCUUUGCCAGUGGUAACUAGUGAUAAUGAUAUUACUUCUGUUGCAUCACCACGUCUUCCUUUGAGUCCAAGGUUGCCCCGAAAACUCUCUGGUUUGAGAAGUCCAGUGAACAGCUUUGAACCAGGUCCCGCACUCAAUGAUCGUGGUGGAGAUAAACAAGUUAUUGAAUAUUCAGUUGACAGGCAAAUGGAUACCAUUCAUACACACUUGUCUGAUGUUCCUUCCUUGGGUGAUGAUUCAAGGAAUAAUGAAAACAAUGUUGCACAUGAUAAUAUUUCCACUGUUCUUAAUCAUCCUAUCAAGUUCAAGCACCCAACUCAUCUGGUAACUCCGUCUGAAAUAUUGAUGGCUGCUUCCUCUGAAACUGCUCAUGUUAAUGAGAACAAAAGCGAGGGAGAGCCAAAUAUUCAAGACGUGGUUGUCAAUGGCAGUGUGAAUAAUGUUGAAGUGGAAGUUAAGGUUGUGGGUGAAACAGGAUUUAAUCAGAACAGUGAACAUGGCUCUCGAGGAGAAUCUCACAAGCUCGUGUUGGAAAAUAAGGAGAAAUCUUUUUGCUCGCAGGCCUCAGAUCUUGGUAUUGAGAUGGCCACAGAGUGCUGUGCAUUACCAGCAGAAAUGUAUAUUGUGGAGGAAUCUCGGCAAGAGGCUAUGGCCCAGCCUUCAAGUGCUGAGGGAGAAGUCGAGGACUCCACAAAAGAUAUCACUCGAAAGGAUGCAGAUUUAGCUAUGCCUGCAACAAAUCAACAACCACUGGCACCAAUCUCAAAAGCAAAAAAGCAAAAGGGGAAGAAUAAUCAAGGAUCAAGUCCAUCUUCAGCAUCCCCAAGUGUUUUCAACUCAACAGAUUCUUCUAAUGAACCAGGCGUCAGUUCAAGGAUUCCCUCUAUGGAAGCUGCUUUUUCUCAAAUUCUGGCUAUGCAGGAAAUGCUUAAUCAGUUGACAACCAUGCAGAAAGAAAUGCAAAAGCAGAUGCAAAUGAUGGUUGCCAUCCCGGUUACCAAAGAAGGCAGAAGGCUAGAAGCAGCCCUAGGGAGAAGCAUGGAGAAAGCUGUCAAGGCCAAUACUGAUGCUUUGUGGGCUCGUUUCCUAGAAGAGAAUGUGAAACAGGAGAAGUUAGUACGAGACCGUACUCAGCAAAUAACAAGUUCGAUCACUAACUGCAUGAACAAAGACUUGCCAGCUGUGCUGGAGAAAACAGUGAAGAAAGAAUUUGCCAUGGUUGGACAGACUGUAGCUCGCACAAUUACUCCAGCAAUUGAGAAAACAGUAUCUACAGCUAUUGCCGAGGCCUUCCAGAGAGGAGUUGGUGACAAGGCAGUGAACCAACUGGAGAAAUCGGUUAAUUCAAAACUUGAAGCUACUGUUGCCAGACAAAUUCAAGCACAAUUUCAAACUUCUGGCAAGCAGGCUCUUCAGGAGACAUUAAAGUCUAAUCUGGAAGCUUCUGUAAUCCCUGGAUUUGAGAUGUCAUGCAAAGCUAUGUUUGAGCAAGUUGAUGCUACAUUUCAGAAAGGAAUGGUAGAACACACAACUGCAGCUCAGCAACAAUUUGAAUCCACACAUUCUUCAUUGACACUUGCUUUAAGGGAUGCCAUUAAUUCAGCUUCAUCAGUGGCUCAAACUUUAAGUGGGGAAUUGGCUGAUGGUCAAAGAAAGUUGCUAGCUCUUGCAGUUGCAGGUGCAAACUCAAAAGCUGUAAAUCCGUUGGUUACCCAAUUGAGCAAUGGACCUUUGGGUGGUCUCCAUGAUAAGAUCGAGGCACCUUUGGAUCCAACCAAAGAGCUAUCUAGAUUGAUAUCUGAACGUAAAUACGAGGAGGCUUUCACCACAGCCCUACAGAGAAGUGAUGUUGCAAUUGUAUCUUGGUUAUGCUCUCAGGUUGAUUUACAGGGGAUUUUGUCGAUGAUUCCUCUCCCCUUGAGUCAAGGAGUUCUGCUCUCUCUUCUGCAGCAAUUGGCCUGUGAUAUAAGAAAGGAUACGCCUCGAAAACUGGGGUGGAUGACGGACGUUGCAGUUGCUAUAAACCCGGCAGACCCAAUGAUUGCCGUUCAUGUUCGUCCCAUAUUUGAGCAAGUAUAUCAGAUACUAAACCAUCAUCGUAGCCUCCCCACCACCAGUGGUGCUGAGCUUUCAAGUAUUCGUCUUGUCAUGCACUUGAUCAAUUCCAUGAUGAUGAGCUGUAAAUGAUCUUCCCAUUUGUGUACAACUAGUAGGAAGGUUUGUACAAAAUAGUGGCGGUUUUGUACCUUAAUUUGGUUGUCAGAAUCUGCAAGUGACCACCUUGUGUUUUAUACAAGUCCACUCCUAUGUUUUCUGACGAACAAUUUCCCUUCACACUGGAACAUUUAUUUGAUGUCUCUUCUCUGUCGAA